AUGUCACCGCCACCAGCUUUAGUAGGUUUUGUCUUUGUUUUUGGCUUCUUUUUUUUUUGUCUUGAAGCAGCCGCCUUUGCAACUUUUUCCCUCUCUGAGAUUUGUAUAUUGAGCUGUGGUGUACGGUUUCUUUUAAAUUGUAAUUUACUAUUUGGAUGUUUGUGUACAUCCUGGUGUCUUUGUUCAGUGAUGUAUUUGGAGUACAUUUUGGUGAGGCUGUGCUGGAAGCUUGAAGACGUUCAUUCGAAUAGUUGCGGGAAGUUAAUCUCUGUUGAAAUAUGCUGUUGCUGUAGUUUGGGAUGUUUUCGGGGUCUGCGUGAGUUAGAAUGUCUGAGCAGCUGCGCGAUAUAA